GGAACUAAGUCGUACCGGAGUUAUAUAAACGGACUACAUCCAGAAACACUGAAUCAAUUCCUGUAUUAUACCUGAAAGAGUUUCAGUGUGUUUGUUAUAAGGAAAUAAAAUGGAGGAACUUGAUAAGGCUCAGAUUCAGCUGCUGCAGAACGCCUUCGACGCCUUCGAUCAUGACAAGCAAGGCGUCAUCAGCACAGACAUGAUUGGCACAAUCCUCGAGAUGUUGGGGCAUGAAGUCGAUGACGAUGACCUCAAGGAGAUCAUCAAGGAGGUUGAUGUUAAUGGAACUGGCACACUUCAGUUCUCAGAUUUCUGCGCGUUAGCAUCUAAGUUCUUGACAGAAGAGGAAGAUGACGAAGCUAUGCUAAAAGAACUUAGGGAAGCCUUUAGGUUAUAUGACAAAGAAGGUAACGGCUACAUAACCACAGACGUGUUAAAAGAAAUUUUCAAGGAGUUGGACAACACCAUCAGCGCUGAGGACUUGGACACCAUGAUUGAGGAAAUUGACUCUGAUGGCUCAGGGACCGUGGACUUUGAUGAAUUCCUUGAGGUCAUGACUGGAGAAUAAAUGUUCUCAUCCCAAAACAUAGGGUAUUAUUAAACAAUUUGUAAAUAAUAGAAGAUUAUAAUGUAAGGAAAAUUGGAUUACUUAAUUCGAAACACAAUCUCAGGGGUUUUUUGAUUUAUCACUUAAAAUCCUGCGAGAAAUAAAAUGUGUUUUGAAUUACCAAAAACACUUAUUAAUUAAGGUUAAAUAGUGAUAAACAACUGCGCGCAGUAUUUUUAUUAAAAGCAAGUUUUUUAAACA